AUGGACCCAUUGCAAAAAUUUAACCCAACCUCGACCCAGGAGUCUUUUCUGAUGUCUGAAAAUGAAGAAAAUUCAGUGGACUCUCAUCCAGUCAGUUCAGAAAUGCUAGUAAAGAAACUUCAUGACUUGACUCUGAAUCCUUGUGCUAAAUGCCCAUCCUCUCUGCCAGAAGGUCCACCCCAACCACUGGACAGGAGUGAGAGGGUCUUACGGGAGGUCAGAAAGGGCUUUCCCAACAGGCAGCGAGGAGUCCGGACAUUGUUAUCUGCACGGAAAGACCGCGUGGAAAGAUGGAGAUAUCUCCUAAGUCUUCAAAAAAAAGAAAGAGACAACAAUCUUAAGGAAGUUCAGAGUGAAUCAUGA